AUUUUUACAAAAACACUCAAUACCUAAUUCCCUAUCUAUCCAUCUCUCUCCUCUCUCGCUCUCCAACGACGCUGCCGCAGCGCCGCCUCUUCCCGCCCCUCGCCGCCGCCUCCUCCUCCUUGCCAUGGCCACCGCCUCCACCUCCUCUUCCAUGUCCCCACUGGUGCCGCUCCUCUCCAUCUGCACCACUUUGGCGCGCCUCCCUCGAUGUCUCAAGUGAGAACACCGCGGGCCCUCUCCUUCCACGCAUCGGCGAGCCGCCGUCUCCUCCUCAUCGUCGCUGGAUAGGGCCGAGGAUCUCGAUGAUGGGGUGAGGAACACGGUGACCACGUGCGGAGAUUGGGGAGUAGCUCUCCGGCAGCGACGAGCUCCGCCGCCGCCACCGCCGCCUCUUCCCUCAAGCUUGGUGGCAGCACGGCGAUUGAACUCCUCUAGCUGGCUAUAGCGCAGGUUUAAUUGGCCCACCGACGCUCCCUCUUCCUUGUCGCUGCCUCGUUGGGUGGGGGUGAGGAGAUCGAUGGUAGCGCAGAGGUAUGGGGAGGAGCUGGGCGUCAGUGAUGAGCUCCGACGACGGCGAGGCGCUCUCCCUCCUCGGCUCCUCCCUUCAAUAUGGUUGCAAUCAAGGAUGUAUGUGAGGAUGGCCAGGUGGUGCACAUUGUGAUGGUUCACUAUAUCGGUCGAAGGUUUUUGAUCGGGGGUCACCGAAAUUUCGGAAAUUUCGGUCCGAAAUUUUAAACAAAAUUUAGUUGAAUUUGAACAAAUAUUACCCAACUUCAUGAAAAAAAUUGCAAAAUUCAAAAAUUUCUGCCGAAUUAAUAUCGUAUCGGAGGGGACUGAAAUGACCGAAAUUUCACCCUGGUUGUUGGUGAGCUCUUGGACAAGAUUCAGGAUGAGGGGCAUUACAAUGAGUGAAAGGCUGCAGAGAUUAAAGACGAUGAUCUGUCAAUAAAGACGAUAGAUUUUGGUCUACCCAUGUUCUUCAAACCAAACAAGUGUUCUUAUAUGGCACAUUUUAAUGCAUGUGUAGUGGUUUAUUUUUAAUUUAGAGAGUAACAGGUCAACAUAAUAUGUAUAUGUCUGCUUUGCUUUAUAUUCUGUGGAUAGUAUUUGCACGCCAACAUAAUCAAGACCAUCCUAACUAUAUUCUGUUGUUUAUCCAUCUUCCUUGACAGUUCUUGCACUGUAUGUGUCAGCUCAUGUGUGAAGUCUUGUGGAUUUAUAAAUUAGUUUAUGAAUUUUCCAUUUUACAAUUUGCAGGUCAGGUUUUCACUGAGUUGGUUGGGAGUGCAUAGUAUGUUGCUCAUGAGGUACUGCACAAAUGUUAUGGACCAUAAUCUGAGGUACUACAAAAAUAUUAUGGACCAUAAUCUGAGAGACACGACAAGGAAUAUUUGAUGCAGUUCUGAAGGGUCUCAUCGAUUUUCAAUCAGUUCUAAAGAUAUCUAACAGUGAAAAGUAUCUUAUAGGGAAAAUGCUAUCUCAAUGUCCUUCAGAGCGUUUGAACUUUGAAGGGCCAUGAAGUGUUAAGACACCCUUGGAUGUGAGAAAGUGGAGUUGCUAUUGAUCAAGCAAAACCAACAGAUACACCGAUCAGUUUUGGCGAGAUCACUAGACAGCGGCAGGGCGCUUCAUCACUAUCUACCCAACAUUAGCCUCCUACGCUACUAAUUUGAACUGCACUGUCUCUUCACAACAUACAAAUGGCAAUUGGACUAUAAGCCUGCACCCUGUGCUCUCUAUGCAGUCACAAGCAGAACUGCAAUCCCUCAUGAACACAUUGGCAGGACAACAGUUACAGCAGAAUAUCCUGGAUAAAAGAUCUACAGUGACUGGCUCCAUGGACAUCACAACAUCAACAAACUACAACCUACUGACAUACCAUGGUAUAUUAUGGCAGCCAGCAUCAAUCAUCUGGAACAAGGCAACCCCCAACACUUGCCGCAUCUUCCUUUGGUUGGCCUUCAGGGACAGACUUAACACCAAUGCAAACAGAGUUCACAAAAAAUGGGCUAUUGAUCCACACUGCAGCUCUUGCCCAACUAUUGAAACAGCCAACCACAUCAUUCUUCACUGCAAGCUAGCCGACGAAGUUUGGAAAAAGCUAAACCUUCAUAUGCAAGCAAUGAGCAGUGCCAACAUUCAGGCCUUCGUCGAGCUAAUCUUGGAUAAUAUGCCGGAACAACAGAAGCUAGGUUGGCCAGCGUGCUUCGCAGCUUGUGCACAUGGCCUGUGGAAGGCGCGCAAUCAACGGGUGUUCAAACACACUGAGCCUCACUCUGCUACUAUCAUACAACAAAUCAAGGAAAAUCUACGCCUGUGGGUCCAUCGCCUUAAGCCAAGCCUUCGCAUCCACAUCAACACUUGGGCAGACAAGCUUAGUUGACAUAGCACCCUCCUGUCUUGAGUUGCUUCUUCCUUUUUUCGUUUGUUUCUGUUCCAUUUUUUCCAUUCUUCUUCUUCUUUCUUUCUUCUUUAAUUCUUCUUCCUUUCUUCUUGCUUCUCUGUUAUUUGUAUUUCUCGCCUAUAACUCCCUUGCCAGUUUCUGGCUCGGUCCUUCUUUGACCACCAUUAAUACAAUGGUUAUAAGGUAGAGUCUCUCUACCUUUUGCGUCAAAAAAAAGCUCUAGAUCCCAGUGUUAUCACUUGGCUCAAACAUUUCUCUGCAAUGAACAAGUAAAAAAGUUGGCUUUAA